CAAGAGUGGUUCGAUCGAUUCGAGCACAAAGAUAUUAAAUCGAGAAACAGAGAAGCAGUACAAUAUAGUCAAGAUCGUAAAGUGACAGUUCCUAGAAUCCUGCGUAGACUAAUUUCACCAGCAAAUCAAUUCAGGAAAGAUCGCCGACAAUGUGUACGAGGCCUGAACUAAUGACGAGUGCUGUCAUUAAUAUUAAUGUGCAUUUAUUAUAAAGGAAAAGCUGUCCGAUCAGCUAUAUGAAUUUAGUGUUACUAUCUAAACUGUGCAAUCGCAAAAACAUAAUUUUUUGUAUUCUGUGCAUAAGCGCACUCUACGUGCACUUGUUCCUACAACCAUCCAGAGGCACCUUUAACAAGAGACUCUAUUAUUGACUGGACAAUAAACUAUUGUUGCAAGGCGUACAACAAACGAGUAUCGAUACUGCCGUGAUUCGUCGAUCUGUACGGUUAUGAUGCGUUAAAGCCGUUUGAGCGCAACGAUGUGGAAAAAAGUGUCGUGUCCAAUCUUCAUAAUAAUUUUCAUUGGAUUGGCAGCGUCGACGGAGCACAGGAACAGGAGGCGGGAUCGUGUCGAAAACAGAAGGGAAUACUCAGCGGAUGCCAGGAGGGAUAUCUACGAGCACGAAUACCCCGAUGAGGGCUAUUAUCCUGGUGGAGAUUCCAAGUCCGGUAGUGGGAAACUUAUUGGAAAGUGGAGAAGCAAUGGAGAAGCACUUGAGCCAAAGUGGAGGGAUGGUGACAUCGUGCCGCUUGUCCCCUUCCAUGCAGCAUCCAUUCAGGAUAGAUGGAAGGAGGAUACUCGGUACCAGGAAGAUGAUCAUGGAGAAUCGGAAGCUGUGAGUGCAGGUGAACGUCCUGAGGAUCGUAGAACUGAAUCCAGGCAAUCGGAGGACCAAUCCGGAAGCUAUGAACAAUUGGAAAGAUUAAUUUCAAGCACAGAGAAAUAUUCCAUAGAUAAGGAUUACGAACAUUCCCAUAGGAAUGGCUAUAAAAAUUUCCAAAGUUAUGAAAACCGACAUAACCAUUCACAAAGCGAUGAACAGAGCGACUUGGGCACUGAAAGUAGAGCAAAGGUAAAUGGCCCGCGAUUAUCAUUUGAGGACGUUGAUAACGCGGACAGUGUAGCUCUGAGAUAUAAGGAGGCUUUUCAAAACCGUCCCAGCGAGUAUGACCUGAUGGAGGACGAGUACGAGAAGCCGCGACCUAGAAAGCGCAGACCGCCGCAGAAUUCGGAAUUCGCAGAGCCGAAGAAUUCCUAUGCGACAAUUCAAAGCGUAGGAACGGCUUCCACGGAUACCAGAGCGCCGUGGAAUUACAGGGAGGACAGCAGGACGGAGAGAAAGCCAAAUUUUUCAUCGAGAAGUCCAGGAGUUAAUCCGAGAGACAGGACGCCUGAGAACACAGAACUGAAGACUCUCCUGAAGAUGCAACAAGGCGGAGGACUGAGCCUCUCGGAAAUUCUUCAGCAACGGAACUUGACCCUGGCCGAUCUUCUCAAAGGAAAUGCCAACGCCAUUGAUGUAUUAAAAUCGAGUAGCGAUGAUUUUACGAACGAGGACAAGCUGCCGAUCGUAAAGACAAAGCCGGAUGUGUCUAAGAAUACCGGAAGGGAGCGUCCACGUUGGAUGCCAAGCAAACGGAUUCUAAGCAAGAGCGAAACUAGAAAUCCUCUGACAAUUGCGUUUCCGGGCACAGGAGUAACGUACUUCCCGGAUCGCCUUCCGCCAACAAACGGAGACCUCACCCUGACAGGAACGACGUCCAAACCGUACGGAAGGAUUCCACAGAUUCAAAGGUUCACGGAGAAAAUAAUUUCACCCACUGUCGAAUCUUUCACCGAGUCUCCGAAGCAAAUCGUGACGAUCAAAGCCGAUGCCAAAGACCUCUUGGAUGAGUUCCAACGGGAGACGAGUAAAACGAGGUCCGAUGACGAUUACGGGUUGACCUCGACGAAGAUUGACGAGGAUGAAAUAAUGGAAUUCUCAGACUUCACUCUUAAGAAACCCAAGACCACUGCAACGGUCAGGAUGGACAUCACGUUCCAUGUGCCAAGCACGUCUCUGUCACCAGUUGCAAAGUCGGGAGACACUCUUCGGGAUGUAGGAUCGACAUUGAGUAUUGAGCAUAUUUUGAGCUCAACCGAGAAGACUGAUACUCUUGAGCGUGUAGCAGGAAGUGACGAGAUGAUUGAUGAUGAGGUUGGCACUACCGAGGAGGUUCAGAGAGCUGUAAAGGAAAUGAGUAAGGAUUUUAAUGAUUCAAUAAAUACGGUCAAUCAUACGAAUUAUACUUUGGAUACCUUAGAGGUGGACUAUCAGAGUGACGCUGUGCACCAGGUCUCUCAGGAGGAUAUCAAGGAUCCGAAGGACAAUUUAACUUAUGCCAUGAGGAUUGAUAAGGACGGUUCUCAUGACCAGAAGAAAAUUGAGAUUGAAGUUCCUAGCGAAGAGUCUCACGCUGAUUACAAUCUAGAUGAACGAGACGAGGAUGAAAGUUUCACAGAUAGGCAUAAGAACGUAACGACUAACCACAGGGGGUACGAAGACAUUAUAUCUCAAGUAGAACCGGAAGCUCGCGCGGAAAUUUCUGAAUUGUUCAGUUCCGGAUCAAGUGUAAAGAGACUCGAGAGACUUUUGAAGGCUAGAAAUAUGAGUCUGGAGGAACUGAUUGCCCUGCGGCAACGAGGCUCUAGCCAAGUCCAUCUGGCAGAGGCUUUCAGAUCUCGUGAGCAACGUCUAAAGAUGCAAGUACCUUCAAUCCUCAAGACUCUGGAAAACAAUCAACAGGAUUCUGUUACUAAAAACAUAACAGUGUCGAAUCGUAGAGAAAAGAUGGAAGAUCCUGGGGCCUAUGGAGAAAAAAUACGAAAUAAGGAGAAGGAGGAGGAGGAGGAUAUAAAAAAUAAUUCUGAGAGUACUUCACUGAAUCCACCACCAAGUACAAUGCACUUCGAUGAACAUAGUCUUGAGGUUCUUGAAGAAAAUGCCCAAGGGACUACGGAAGAUAAUAAAUUGUCAGCUCAACUAUUAGACCUAAUAUCAGGAUUUGACUCACUGCCAUUUUCAAAAAAUAUUCAACAUGACUCCGAAGGGUCCUCAUACUUUACCAGUAUCACCGAUGUCAAGCUUCCAGUAUCUAAUUCAGAUCCACCUGGCCCAACAGAAAUCGUGGAAUCAGAAUACGUGAAAGAGUCUGAGAAAAAGAGUUCGAUAGAUACAAUGAAGGUUGAUGUCCCUCAGGAUAGUGAAAAGGACGACGAGGAGAACAGCGAGGACAGAAGGACUCUCUCUAAAGUUAGACCAAGCAUAAUCGCCAGUGGUGCUAUACUCGGUGUGACGAUAGUCGUCUUCCUGGGCAUUUUCAUUGUUUGCAGAAUACGCCAGAAGCAAAAGUUUACAUACAGGAAUACAUUUUCCAGGGCGGUAUUUCAGGCGCCGAUGAUGACCGCACGAAAACUCUCAAAUACUAGUAGUCUAAACACCAUUAUGGUAAAUGUGGUUGCUACUUCGACUGCUAAGCGAGCUGAAAAACGUGAACAACGUGACAAUGAUGACUUUGAGAGUAGAAGUGACAUAGAAAAUGACUCGUUAGAUCCUAAUGAUAGUUGGGAAACUAUACCAGAUUUUAUGAAGUGAAUGGAAAAGUUGACAUUUAUGGAACACAAUAAUAAAGUUUACCAGUAUCUUCGUAGACGUAAAUAUGGUUACACAAGUAUUUGAUAAAACGAAUUAACAAUUUAAAAGAGAUAGCCUGUAUGUGCCUUACGAGUAAUCAAAUGGAAAUAAUCUCCAAUGAUUGAUCAUCUAAAUCACUUUACUCUAAGAUUAAGUUCACAUUAUUUAUUGAGUUUAAUUCUACGAAUUAUGGCGACCAAAAAGUAUCGUGCAAUAUUAGGAAUUCCAUCAAAUAAUGAAUUAGGAUGUUGUAAUUGUUACACGAGGAAAAUAUUUAUCAGAUGGUUCUUAUUUUUCCUCACUCUAAGCGAAGAUACUGUGAUUGAUGUUCAUAGUCCAGAGAAUCGAUCUGCCUUUUUAUACUGAAUGUACCUUAAUUGCGUUGAACCAUUAAAAUUGAUAUUAUUAAAAGUA